GAGAGAAUAGAGAGAGAUUGGCACAAAAAUCACGUUCGGAUUGUUUAUUCUGUGGAAACAGUAUUGUUGGAGUGGGAAGGAGAGGAGAAAGUGAGACCUCGUGGCUGAUAGAUAUAUAGAGGCCCAUAUACGUAGCGAAGGCUAAAUUAAGAGAAGAGAAGGAGAGAAAGAGAGAGGGAGAAAGAAGACAACCAACAACGUACACAAGUUGGAGGUUUGCAACUCAAAGUGUAUAGAAUUGCAAAUCAGACACAGAGAGAGAGAGAGAGAGAGAGGGAGGGAGAGAGCCAACAAGGUAGACAAGUUGAAGGUUUGUGACGCUUUUAAGUGGAGGAGAGAAGCCCUUGUGUUAUCUUCUCAUCCCCUUUCCAGAUACCCAGCUGCAUACACACUUAUAUAAACAUUAUAUAUAUAUUUCAAUCCAUACCUUUAUCUUCCUCUCUCUAGGGCUAGAGAGCCAGAGUCGAAAUCUUCGUGUUGUGACCAUCUGGCUCUCUAAUGGCAAAUUGGGUCUUAUCAGAAUGUGGUCUGAGACCACUUCCUAGAAUCUACCCAAAACCCAGAACAGGUCUAACCUCCUUCAAUACCAGCAACCCCUCCAAGAUUAGCCUUUCACAUUCAGAUCUGGGUUGUUCUUCGUUUUCUUUGUCAUGUGUACCUAGAGAUAGAAAUUGGGCAUUAAAGGUGAGUGCGCCAUUGAAAAUACAAUCCGUGGAUAAAGAAGGUGAAGGAAGAGAGAGAAUUAAUGGUGUUAAUGGGGUUGAAGACGAAGGUGAAUUUGACCCAGGUUCACCGCCACCGUUCCGAUUGGCCGAUAUUCGAGCAGCUAUUCCGAAGCAUUGUUGGGUGAAGGACCCUUGGAGGUCCAUGAGCUAUGUUGUGAGAGAUGUUGUGGUAGUUUUUGCAUUGGCGGCCGUGGCGGCUUAUUUCAACAAUUGGGUUGUUUGGCCUCUGUACUGGUUUGCUCAGGGCACAAUGUUUUGGGCUUUUUUUGUACUUGGCCAUGAUUGUGGUCAUGGGAGUUUUUCAAAUAAUCCUAAGCUGAACAGUGUUGUUGGGCAUCUGCUUCAUUCUUCAAUUCUUGUUCCCUACCAUGGAUGGAGAAUUAGCCAUAGAACUCAUCAUCAAAACCAUGGACAUGUUGAGAAUGAUGAAUCAUGGCACCCAUUGUCUGAGAAAAUAUUCAAGACUUUGGAUAAUGCUACGCGAAUGUUGAGAUUCACCUUGCCAUUCCCACUGCUUGCAUACCCUUUUUAUCUGUGGGGUCGAAGUCCUGGGAAGUCAGGCUCUCAUUUCGACCCAAACAGCGAUUUAUUUGUACCAAAUGAGAGGAAAGAUGUGAUCACCUCCACCGUUUGCUGGACUGCGAUGGUUGCCCUGCUCGUGGGUUUAUCCUUUGUGAUGGGUCCUGUCCAAUUGCUUAAACUCUAUGGCAUCCCCUACUGGAUGUUUGUCAUGUGGCUGGAUUUGGUGACCUAUUUGCAUCACCAUGGCCAUGAAGAGAAACUUCCCUGGUAUCGUGGAAAGGAAUGGAACUAUCUGAGAGGAGGGCUUACAACGCUUGAUCGUGACUAUGGAUGGCUCAAUAACAUCCACCACGACAUAGGAACUCAUGUGAUUCAUCACCUCUUCCCUCAAAUCCCACACUACCACUUGAUAGAAGCAACGGAAGCUGCUAAGCCGGUGCUCGGAAAGUACUACAGGGAGCCGGAGAAAUCUGCGCCGCUUCCCAUUCACUUAUUGGGAAUCCUUGUGAAAAGCAUGAAACGGGAUCACUAUGUGAGUGACACUGGGGAUGUUGUGUAUUAUCAGACCGACCCUCAGCUCUCUAGAUCUCAAAAAUCAGAAUGAAGCUAUGAAAAAGAGAAUCCAGCUAGGUUACUGAUUCUAGGUGACCAACGUGUGUCUUGACCAUUGACACAUUAUUUCAAGCUUGAAUAAUGGUAAUUUAAAGGUGACCACCAUGUCACACAGAAACUGGUGUGGGAUUUUGAUGAUAUGGGCAAAAGAGGUUGCUGUAAUUUAAUUGGUAAGGAAAGUAUUCAAUUGCUCUCUCUCUCUCUCUCUCACCCACACACACACACGUUCAU